AACCAGGGCUAUUGAGGGAAGAGGCAGAGUUCAGUCAGGUAAAAAAGGAACUUCAGCCAUUUUGACCGUACACUCUUCUGCUUAUUUCUCAGCAAUGGAAAAGGAAAGUUAAAAAUCAGCUGACAACUCUUCGAGGAAAGCUGUGGAAGAAACAGAGAGAUGGUGACGCUGAACCAUCUGAGUGUAGAAGAUCCAGAUGAUGGCGCUCCACUGCUGCCUGUGGCUGCAGAGACUUCAACACUAACAACUGUGUGUCACAAACAACAAAACAUAUUAAAAACGGAGUCCAGGGAAUUUUUCCUAAGCAGGAAGGAGAAUCUUGCCACUAGUCUGAUCUUGCUGAUCGGAUUCUACUUGGCGAUUCUGAUUCCUGCAUAUUUCCCCUUAAAUAAUGUGUCAUCAGACAGCGAUGACUACCAGUAUCCCAAAGAUUUGGCCUUACUAAAUCGAUCAGCCCUCCUGCUUUUACGACCAUGCCAGCCUCACUGGGGUCUGGACCACCUCAAGUCGCUGUCCUGUUCUAAAGGCCUUCUGGACAUCCCAGUGUUUGUUCAACAGGACAAACCCAAGGCAUGGAAUCUGACCCCUCCUCUGGGGCUCCAAGGAAGUGAAGAGCAUUUGGCCCUGGCCCUUGCUGCUAUGCCUCAGCCUGGUCUGCCUCCAUCUUUGUGUAAAGAAGACAAGUGCAGGCGAUGUGUGGUGGUGGGAAAUGGAGGCAUUCUUCACGGGAGCCAUCUUGGAUCUCACAUAGAUCAAUAUGAUGUCAUUAUCAGGAUGAAUAAUGCUCCAGUCCCUGGAUUUGAGAGAGAUGCUGGGUCACGCACCACCAUCCGCUUGAUGUACCCAGAGGCAGCACCUCACUCGGCCGAUGAGUACAAAAAGACCUCCAUGAUCGCUCUGGUGGCUUUUAAAAGCCUGGACUUGGACUGGCUGACUUCUAUAAUAACCAAGCAGCCUCUGAGCUUCUGGUCCAAAAUGUGGUUCUGGAGGGAGGUAGUUGACGAUAUUCCACUGAAACCAGAGAGCUUCAAGAUUCUCCAUCCAGAUAUCAUUCACAAGACAGGGCAAGUCAUACAGAGAUAUGCCCAGAAACAGGGAAAUAUGGUGCCAACAUUAGGUGCCAGUGCCGUGGUGAUGGCUCUGCAGAUGUGUGACCAUGUGAGCCUUGCAGGGUUUGGUUAUGACAUGCAACACCCAGAGGCCAGGCUCCACUAUUACGAGGCAAUACGCAUGGGUGCCAUGAAAGCUCAAGUGGUGCACGACGUUAGCGCUGAGAAACUCUUCCUGAGGGACCUGGUGGCUUCAGGAGCUGUGACUGACCUCACAGGAGCUCUUUGAAUUUUUCUUAAGUCUGCAUGCACUCCCCCUUCUGGUUGGGAGUUUAUUUCCUCUAUUGUAAGCUGUGCACAACGCACUCCACACUGCAAAAUGACCUUUAAAAUGCUCCCAGUCUCUAAACAACUAACUUAGCAUUGCUAUGUCAAAGGACUGAUUUUUAGCAGUUAAUUUGAGAACAGUAUCAAUUAUACAGAUGAUAUUUAGAAAAAGACUACAUUGUGUGAUGUCCUGAAUGUUCAUGUUCUGUUUUAUGUUUUAAUUUUAUUUGCUAAAGACUCAAUAAAAUAGAGAAUACAACUUUGCUGCUAGUUGUAUUUCUCUACAGGAAACAAAAAUCCCUCUAAA